GCGCCCCAUUUCAUUUUUCUCACUGUCAGCUGCCGCAGCUCUCUCUCACUAGCCUUCUAAAAUGGAGCCCUGCGCAGCACCCGCAAUUCCAAAUCUACCAAAGGCCAGCAAGUCUCUUAGAUUUCUUGACACUAACCCUAACAAUCUCGUUCGCUUCAGUGCCGUUCUCCCACUCAAUCGAGCUCCGAACUAUCGUGGCCUUCGCUCUCGAAUCAGCUAUUUUGCUACCUCAUUGCCAAGAGCAACAGCUUCUGAAGAAACAUCAUAUGGAUCAAAUCAAUAUGUUGGGGAAAAAAGUGACACGGCAAUAGCUGUUGAAGAUGUUCCAUCAGCUGAGAAGAAUGGAUACAAUGAAACUUUGCUGAAAGACACACCUAAAGAGGAGUCCCCUGCGGAUGAUCAAGAGCAGACCUCUGAGUUCUUGGAUAACCUUAAUAAGCUAGACUCUGAAGGAGCAUAUUCAAUCAUUCUAUCUGGAAGUGCUGCCUUUGCUGGAGUAUGGUUGGCUUCAGCACUUGUCGGUGCUAUAGAUUCUAUUCCGCUGUUUCCCAAGUUGAUGGAAGUUGUCGGUCUGGGCUACACAUUCUGGUUCAGCACUCGCUAUCUUCUUUUCAAGAAAAAUAGGGAUGAAUUGGCAGCCAAGAUAGAAGAGCUCAAGCAGCAGGUUCUUGGGUCAGAUGAUUGAUUGAUUUGCAAGGAAAAUUCUGUACGGCGAUGUUGAGUAUUCCAUACAGUUCAUACUUAGGCGGGUACAAUAUAAAAUCUGUUAAUAUUCAGAGUAGUGAAAAGCAAGCUUUUGUAUUCUUUUGGGAUUGAGCCCCCAGUUAAUUACAAGUCAUCACAGUUUGUCUGAUGGUGGAUUUUGUCAUGAAUUCAGUAUUUACCAUCUUAAGCAAAUAGCCUGAUGCAUCAUUUUCUUCAUACAUGUAUAUGUAUAUAUAUAUAUAUAUAUAUAUGUGGUUAAAGAAGCAGUCCAUGUGCUAACGACGUCGUUAAAGGCAGUCUGUCUGUUUUCCUACUGACAAAGACUCAAACCAAGCAGGCAGAUGUGUUGAAGAAUCUCAAUCUAUGGUUUCAUGUUCCUAAAGUACUGUCUGUCACUAUUAUGUUUUAAAUUCUAAAUAUUUCCAGCUAACAUAAAAGCAA